CCUCUGUUCCUCACAUCACAUGCCCUCCUUUCUCUCGCUUUCUCUCUGCACACACUUUUUUCUGAUACUCUCUCCCUCUCUUUAACAAUGGUGGAACCUGCAGAUAUGAAGGGAGCGGCAAAGAUAGUGCCUUUGUUGAAGGAUGAGCUUGAUAUUGUUAUACCAACAAUAAGGAAUCUUGAUUUCUUGGAAAUGUGGAGGCCAUUUUUUGAGGCUUACCAUCUUAUUAUUGUUCAAGAUGGUGAUCCAUCUAAGACCAUCACUGUCCCUGAUGGUUUUGACUAUGAACUCUAUAACAGAAAUGAUAUUAACAGGAUUUUGGGUCCUAAAGCCUCUUGCAUUUCCUUUAAGGACUCUGCUUGUCGCUGCUUUGGCUACAUGGUGUCAAAGAAGAAGUAUAUUUUCACUAUUGAUGAUGAUUGCUUUGUUGCUAAAGAUCCUUCUGGCAAGCCAAUCAAUUCACUUGAGCAGCAUAUCAAGAACCUUCUAUCCCCAUCCACUCCGUUUUUCUUCAAUACCCUUUAUGAUCCUUACAGAGAUGGAGCAGAUUUUGUUCGCGGGUACCCUUUCAGCCUUCGCGAGGGUGCCCCUACUGCUGUUUCUCAUGGUCUCUGGCUCAACAUUCCUGAUUAUGAUGCACCUACUCAGCUUGUCAAGCCUCUGGAGAGGAAUACUAGGUAUGUUGAUGCUGUUUUGACAAUUCCAAAGGGUACAUUGUUCCCUAUGUGUGGUAUGAAUUUAGCAUUCAACCGUGAGUUGAUUGGCCCUGCAAUGUACUUUGGUCUUAUGGGUGAUGGUCAGCCAAUUGGUCGCUAUGACGAUAUGUGGGCAGGCUGGUGCACCAAGGUCAUUUGUGAUCAUCUGGGACUAGGGGUCAAGACUGGUUUGCCUUAUAUCUAUCACAGUAAGGCAAGCAAUCCAUUUGUGAAUCUAAGAAAAGAGUACAAAGGCAUUUUCUGGCAGGAAGAGAUCAUUCCAUUCUUCCAAGCAGCUACGCUGCCAAAAGAUUGCACCACCGUUCAAAAAUGCUACAUUGAACUGUCAAAGCAAGUCAAGGAGAAGCUCAGCAAGGUUGAUCCAUACUUUGAUAAGCUUGCCGAUGCUAUGGUUACUUGGAUUGAAGCCUGGGAUGAGCUUAACCCAUCUGGAGCUUCUACUAAAGCAGCUAACGGCAAAGCAUAAUUAACAAUUUCAAUUGGAGCAAAUUUUCUUUCUCAAAUAAUCAAUUCAAUACCAAGCCAAAAAAAGAAAAACUGAAAUUUAUACUUCUUAUAUUGUAUUUUUAUUUCUGACCAGUGUGGUCAAAUGCUUGGAUUUUGUCAUCUGGGCAUGUAGUUUUACUUUUAUCCAUUUAACAUCUUGUAACAAACUUUUCAGAAAUAAAAGUUCUUGGAAUUUUGGACACUUUAA